UGGGCCGAGCUGAGCAGGCUUCCACACCACGCUCCACAGAACCCCCAGGGUCUCCUAAGCUUGUGCAAAACUCCAGCUGCUGGAAAGAAAGCUGGGGCAACUGCCAGAAGGAUGGCGGUGCCCUGGGAGGAAUAUUUCCGACUGGCUUUGCAAGAGAAACUGUCUAUAAAGCUGCCAGAGCAGGCUGAGGAUUAUGUCCCACCAGUGCUGCGUCUCCUGGAGAAGAGGCAAGAGCUGGUAGAUGCAGACCAGGCCCUGCAGGCCCAGAAGGAGGUGUUCCGCACCAAGACGGCAGCCCUGAAACAGCGUUGGGAACAGCUGGAACAAAAGGAGCGGGAGCUAAAGGGAUCGUUCAUCCGCUUUGACAAGUUUUUGCAGGACUCCGAGGCCCGGCGCAGUCGCACGCUGCGGAGGGCGGCGGAGGAGAGGCACCAGGCGGGUCGUCGGGAGGUGGAGGCGCUGCGUCUGUGGACCCAGCUCCAGGAGCUACGGCGGGAACACGCGCGGCUGCAGCGCCGGCUUAAGCGCCUGGAGCCCUGCGCGCGCCUGCUGGAGCAAGCGCUGGAGCUGCUGCCCGGGUUCCAAGAGGUUCCGGAGCUGGUGGCGCGCUUCGACGGCCUGGCCGAGACGCAGGCGGCGCUGAGGCUCAGGGAGCGCGAGCGGCUCGCGGAGCUGGAGGCGGCGCGAGCGCGGCUGCAGCAGCUGCGGGACGCCUGGCCGGACGAGGUGCUCGCACAGGGCCAGCGGCGGGCACAGCUGCAGGAGCGCCUGGAGGCUGCCAGGGAGCGUACGCUGCAGUGGGAAUCCAAGUGGAUUCAGAUUCAGAACACAGCAGCGGAGAAGACUCUGCUCCUGGGACGCAGCAGGAUGGCUGUGCUCAACCUGUUCCAGCUAGUGUGCCAGCAUCAGGGGCAGCCUCCCACCCUGGACAUCGAGGACACGGACGGACAGCUAGAGCACGUGAAGCUGUUCAUGCAGGACCUCUCCGCCAUGCUGGCCAGCCUGGGUCAGGCUGAGCCUGCAGCCCCUGCCUCCUAGCCCUGACCC